GAUAGUUCAGGGUGGUUUAAGUAAUUUACGUUUAGGGUUUUGAUUACUUGAAGUUUGAAGUUCAAAACUUGAAGAACAAAGUUCGCUGGCGUCUCAGUCUCAAACAGGAUGAUUUGAAACGCCUUAGUGAACUUUGUUUUUUCCCCUUUGAAAUGUGAGCGCUUUGGUGAAAUUUUAAGCGUCUUGUUGUUUUUCACCAAGGGUGCUGAGUAGGUUUCCUGGAAUUUCAUAAAUUGGUGUUGAGAGGGACAGAGAAAAUUGCAACUUUGAACAAUGCCUGAAGUGGAGGGUUUGAGGUAUAAGAUCAAUAAGAAAGUAAAACUUAAAGUUGGAAAGGCAAAGGUUUGCGAGGAUGAUUCUAAACCUGUCAAUGCAAGGAGGAAACUGAGCGAUGGGAGUAACAAAGGACCAAGUAGUAAAUACAAAAUUGAUGGUACAAUAUUGUACGAGAGAGAGAAUGGUGGAAAGAAAAACUCUAGGUCACUUGCAGAAGAUAAACGUAAUUUGAAUCAGGAGGGGUAUGACGGUGAGGUCAAUGGAAGAAAACCAUUUAGACAAUCUUCUACUGACAGGAAAAGAAAGAGAAUCUAUGCUGAUCAAGAUGAUGAUGGGGAAGGAAUGCAGAACAAUGUAAAUGUGCAAAACAAAAAACCGUUGUCUAAGGAGGGAAAACAUUCAAGCAGAGACGACUCUAGAAGCAGAAAAGCAAAAUCUCAUGAUGUUCAACAGUUGAGUGCAAAGUUUUCAUCUAGUAGAUCCAGGAAAUCUUCCAAAGAUGAAUUUAUUGAUGGAAAAAGCAGCAAAAAAGCACUUCUUUCAUUGAGGUUACAUGGUGGAAUGAAGGAACUUUCUUAUGACAGUAAAAGUUCUUCCCACAGACUUGGAAUUCAAAAGGGAAGUGCAGAGGUCUCAAAUGAGAAAAUCAAGUCAAAAGUAAAAACUGUGGAGGGGAAGGUAUAUUCAAAAUUGGAUGGUAGUGAGGAUGAUUCACUGAAAAAACAUGGCAAAAGCAUGUCUGAACCAACUAAGCAUACAGGUCAGAAGCAGCAUAGACAUAUGGCUAGAUCUCUUGAAAAAACUUUGAGGAAAAUGAGGAGAGAUAAAAAAGCUCUCGACAAUGACUGUGCAGUGCCUGAUGCUCCACCAAAGAAAAGGAAGCGAGUAAUAAGAAUAGAUCCACACGACAUCUCAAAUAAACGACUGGAUGAUGGAAUUUCUGCUAAUGAGAGUUAUGUAAAGAAGGAAGAAGAUAUAGAGAAAGCUGUUGAAAUUUCAAAGAAUGCACAGUUCCGUGCAAUACAACCUAGCCCUUCAAUCCUUUCUUUUGUGGAAGAUAAUUUGUUAGGUCGUAGACGCUUGAUUGAACUGAGGAGGUCAGGGUACAAUAUCAAUCUUUCUGCCCCCCUAGAUAACAUCCCCUUCUCUACAAAUCCAGAAAGAGAAAGGAUUGAAGAAACUGUAUUUAGGAAUAAAUUGACAUUUUUUGCUGCAGCAAAAGUUUCUUCAUCAUUUCCACCUCCUGACCUUCCAGAGAUUGCGUUUGCAGGAAGAUCAAAUGUUGGGAAGUCAUCACUACUAAAUGCACUUACAAGACAAUGGGGUGUAGUACGGACAUCAGACAAGCCGGGACUUACUCAGACCAUUAAUUUCUUCAAGCUUGGUUCAAAGCUCUGCUUAGUGGAUUUGCCUGGAUAUGGAUUUGCUUAUGCCAAAGAAGAAGUUAAGGAGGCUUGGGAGGAGCUUGUGAAGGAGUAUGUUUCAACACGAAUUGGUUUGAAGAGGGUAUGCCUUCUUAUUGACACUAAAUGGGGCAUGAAGCCAAGGGAUCAUGAGCUCAUUAACUUGAUGGAAAGAUCUCAAACAAAAUACCAGAUUGUAUUAACCAAGACUGAUGUGGUAUUUCCAAUUGAUGUGGCACGCCGUGCAAUGCAAAUUGAAGAGAGCCUCAAGGAAAAUAAAUCAGUAGUACAACCUGUGAUGAUGGUGAGCUCAAAGACGGGAGCUGGUAUUCGAGGCCUAAGAACGGUGCUUUCCGCCAUGACUAGGUUUGCUAAACUGUAGAAAGCCAUUGGUUAAGGGAAUGAUGAUUUGGUAUGCCUUCUCUAGCCCCUCCUCUUCCAUGCAUUUUGAAGAUCGGAUUACCUGAUUGGUCACUUCAUGAUGUUCUUAACAGGUAAAGCCAUUGGGGAUUGUGAUAUCAUAUGCCUAUUAUCUUUACUUCAAAUCGUUGUAUUCUUUAAUUUUCCCGCAUGGUUGUGAUCUUGUAAUGUCGGGUUAAGCUGAAACAUAGCAAUAAUAUAGAAAUCAUGGAAGACCAAGCAUAUUUCUGUUUUUAA